GGCUACAUGGAAAGAGGAUGAGGCACUCAGAGGCCAUGGUAGACACCAAGGAACAGUAGUGCAGGAGUCAAAUGGCACAGAGACUCAGAAGGGGAGCAAGGGAUGGUAGCCUGGAAACCCUAAGAGGACGAAACUCAAGCAGAAGGCAUGGCCCCCAAAGCAGACACAGGAGCCAAGAAGGGAGAAGGAGCCAAGAAGGGCGAAGGAGCCAAGAAGGGCGAAGAAGCCAAGAAGCCAUCUUGCCUGCAGACCUUCCGGACUCGUUUUGAAAGUGUUCCCAUAACUGUCAUGUGGGGCUUUCUCGCUGUCGGCAUGAUCAUUUUGAUGAUAGUACUGAUCACAUUAAUCGUGUUUUAUGUCGAUGCUGCCGCAGGGAUCAGCCUUAAAGAGCCAAUGCAAGAGCUGAAAAGCAGUUGGGCGGGUAUUCUCAAAGAUUCGACGCUUAGAAAAAGUUCUGUGAAAGCAGUUACUGAACUCAGGAAUGUGAAGAUAUAUGUAAAGGAGACCACACAGGUACUUGAGAAGACGAAAACAGAAUACGGCAAAGUCUUUCAAAGCACAGCCUCCAAAAGGGCUUUUCAUGGCUGGCAGCUUCAUGGGAGGAGCCUCUACUACCUUUCGAAAGGAGAAAAGACCUGGCACGAUGCGGAACACUUUUGCAUGUCCAGAGAUACCCACCUGGCCUCCGUCCUCAGUGAUGAAGAACAGAAAUUCAUCACCUCUCAGCUCAAGCGCCCUGCCUGGAUUGGCCUUACAGAUGAAAAUGAGGAAGGCAUGUGGGAAUGGACAGAUGGCUCCCGGUUCACUGCACAGUACUGGUCUGAAGGCAAACCCAGCAACCUGGAGCAGAAUGGAAGGAUGGAAAGAGACUGUGCUGCCAUUAUACCAUCAGCUGGUGUGGCCAACUGGAAUGAUGCCAGUUGCCAUAAGCUAAAUGGAUGGGUGUGUAAGGAGGACCUAGUGCUUGAUGAACUAUAAAAGUGGCUAAACCAUUUAC